GCUGCGGCUGCAGCCCGCAAACUUGGUUCUUGUGGGCGAUCACAAGCAGUUGCCUCCGACGUCUUUGGUGCAGCCGCAGAUCCUGGAGGGAACUGGUCACAACCGCUCAUUGCUGGAGCGCUGUGUCCUCGCAUCGGGCAGGGUUCACCAGCUCCGCGAGCAGUACCGAAUGCAUCCAAGCAUCGGCCGCCUUGUCAGCAACUUGUUCUACAGCGGGAGGUUGGAAACUCCACGGCGAGUUGCCGAGGACCGCCAAGCCUGCGAGCGAAGACCGCUUGUGUGGAUGGAUGUCCAAGGUCGCGAGGAGGCUCCGAACAAGUCAUACAUCAAUGCUGCUGAGGUGAACAGCUGUCUCAAGGUCGUGACGCGCUUGCGUGAGCGCAUUGGGCCGAAACCCUCUGUGGCUCUCCUGACCUUCUACAAGGGUCAGCUCGAAGAGCUGAUGAAGGCCGUGCCAAGUGACCUCGAUGUCGAGGUACUCACUGUGGAUGCUUGUCAGGGUAGUGAGUUCGACUUCGUGAUUUUGAGCACCGUGCGUGCAAACCGAGAUCUUCGUCUCGGCUUUGUCAAGGAUGCUCAGCGAAUUUGCGUGGCAACGUCAAGAUCCAGGCUACAGCUCUUCAUCGUGGGACAUCGCCAGACCCUUUGUGCAGAUGGCGAUUGGAAGCAAGUCUACGAGGCAUGCACGGCUGCGACACCCGAGGAUGCCCGGCCCCAGCGUCCCUCCCCGGCCGCUGGCUUCGUCUCCGUCUUCGAUGCAUUGCGCCGUGCCAAGGAAUUGGAUGCAGAGCAGAAGGCGCUUCAGGCCAUGGAGGAGCAGAGCAAAGAUCCAGGCCGCCGGCCGUCGCGACCUUCCUCUGGGGCAGAGUCGCUUAUGUGGCAGCAGGCGAGUUUCCGCAACCAGGCGUCGCAGCCUUCGAUUCUGCGCAGGAACGACGGCACGUACCAAAGCAGUACGGCCGUUGCCAUCGGCGGCGGAUACCGCAGCCGUAGAGAUGUGUACGCCAUGGAGGCCACAGCAAAGGCACACUUGCAGAGCCUCGAGGCUGCAUUUAAACGUCGCAGCAAGCCAAGCGAUGCCUAUACGCGUAGGCUCCUCAUCGCGGUCCUCCGUGCCGGUCGUUCCAACCAGCCAUGCGCCAGGAACGACUGCGUGGAUAGCAGUGACCAUAUCCGAUUUUCAUGCCUCUUGGAGCACUUGGACUCCGAGGAAUUACCCGGACUCCCCUUUGCAGGCCAGAGGCUUCCCAAGGAAAUCUUGAACAUCCCGACUGUGACGGCCUUUGGCAAAACACUGUCCCUGCAGGAAUGCAUUUCAAUGUCCUUCAUCCUGGGCUUCGGUGCUGCCAAGAUUCCAGCUAUGCGGCUGGCCACGAGCGGCUUCUUCUUCCGACAUCGUUUAGCUCUUCUGGUGGGGAUCCUGGUCUCUUCAAUGCUCCUGGUAACGCUGCCAAUUCUGCUCCUGGAGGGCUGGGAGAAGAUGCAAGUGCUUGGUGUCUUCACCUCCUCCUUCAUCUCCAGCUUCCUCUACGGUGGAAUCGUCACAUACCUUGAAGGAAGACAGAGCACCGAGAUCAUGCUAGCUGCAAUCUCCGCCAGCCUUACUGUGGCCGGCACACUCAGCCGCGCUGCUGCCACGGCGCUGCUGGACUGGGGCGUUGCCCCGAGGCUGAUGCCCCUGCUAUUGGGAGGAUGCUGCUGCAUCCUGGCCUGUAUUUCGAUUGUGAUCACGGACCGGUCGCCCCGGCCCAGUGGUGCCGACGUUGCAGCGCGGUCCGCACGCGCGGCCAUGAGUUCGAGGCAGCAGUGGGACUUUGUCAGCAGCCACGCCUUCGGAGUGAUCGCGUCCAUCUCUGCCUGGGCUGGCCUGGUGGGCUUGCGAUCUUUUCGCGACUUCUAUGCGAAACAGGUCUUCACUGCUGCUCUCGGAGAGCCGCCCACCCCCAAGGUUCUCGCAAUGGCCGAUUUGCCUGGAGCUGCAACAUCCUUUGUGGCUUUAGUGAUGAUGUCUUGGGUAAAGAACAGCCAGAAAGCCCUGCGCUUGAUGCUGGUCCUUUGUGCAUCAGGACUGCUGCUUGUGGUUGCCCUGACAUGGCUCCUUCGGGAGAAUUGGUUGGACGGGAUCAGCUGGAUGCUGCUGUACUCGGCGGCCUUCUACACAUCCUUCUCCAUGCUGAACGCGCCUAUCAACGAGCGCAUCUUCGCAGUUACUCGUGCUGAAGGUACAUGUUCCUUUCUCAUCUUUGCAUCCGAUGGAGCGGGAUACGUUGUGACCAUCGGCUUGUUAAUGUACCAGAGCUUUGGCCCUCUGUCGGCGACCGAUGCCACCGACGCGGAGGUGGUUCUGCAGCUCUUUGUGCAGCUGCUGUACAUACUGACCGUCCCCAUUGUGUGCGUGCUGCUCCUGUCGGUCAGAUACUUCAGCCGCAGCAUCUACACCCCUGCGGCAGGGGCAGCGCUGUGA